AUGGAAAAUGACAUUGUAUGUAAUGAUGUCUCUAUGCAACAGUGGAGAGUUCCUGUCUGUGUGCUCUUCAAAACAGUCUACUGCUUUGUUCACCUGAGCAUUCAGGAGUUUCUGGCUGCAGUCUACAUGUUCCACUGUUACACAAACAGCAACACAGAGGUACUGAAGGACUUCCUGGGAGAAAGAUAUGUUCAUUCAACCCUGGAUGACUUCCUGAAGAGAGCCAUGGUGAAAUCCCUUGAAAGUAAAAAUGGCCACCUGGACCUGUUUGUUCGCUUCCUUCAUGGCCUCUCUCUGGAGUCCAACCAGAAGCUCUUAGGAGGUCUGCAGGGUCGGACAGACAACAGUCCAGAAAUCAUCCAGGGAAUCAUCAACAACCUGAAGGAGAUGAACAGAGUUAAUACCUCUCCUGACAGAAGCAUCAACAUCUUCCACUGUCUGACGGAGAUGAACGACCACUCGGUACAUCAGGAGAUCCAAGAGUUCCUGAAGUCAGAGAACAGAUCAGAGAAGGAACUCUCUGUGUUCCAGUGCUCAGCUCUGGCCUACAUACUGCAGAUGUCAGAGGAGGUUCUGGAUGAGUUGGACCUGAACAAGUACAAGACAUCAGAGGAGGGACGACGGAGACUGAUUCCAGCUGUGAGGAACUGCAGAAAAGCUGUACUUUCUGGCUUUGGACUCUCAGAUCCUCACUUUGAAGUUGUGGCCUCAGCUCUGAAGUCCAACCCCUCCCAUCUGAGAGAGCUGCACCUGACUGACAACAACAACCUGAAGGAUUCAGGAGUGAAGCUGCUUUCUGCUGGACUGGAGAGUCCAAACUGUAGACUGGAGACUCUGAGAUUGUGGUGGUGCAGUUUGUCAGAGAUCAGCUGUGCUUCUCUGGCCUCAGCUCUGAAGUCCAACCCCUCCCAUCUGAGAGAGCUGGAUCUGAAAUACAACGACCUGAAGGAUUCAGGAGUGAAGCUGCUGUCUGAUCUGGUGGAGAGUCCACACUGUAGUCUGGAGACUCUGAGAUUGAGGAGCUGCUGGUUGUCAGAGAUCAGCUGUGCUUCUCUGGCCUCAGCUCUGAAGUCCAACCCCUCCCAUCUGAGAGAGCUGGAUCUGAGAAACAACAACCUGAAAGAUUCAGGAGUGAAGCUCCUGUGUGGUUUUCUGGAGAGUCCACACUGUAGACUGGAGACUCUGGGAUUGAGGUUCUGCAGUUUGUCAGAGAUCAGCUGUGCUUCUCUGGCCUCAGCUCUGAAGUCCAACCCCUCCCAUCUGAGAGAGCUGGAUCUGAGAGUCAACGACCUGAAGGAUUCAGGAGUGAAGCUGCUGUCUGAUCUGGUGGAGAGUCAACACUGUAGUCUGGAGACUCUGAGAUGGGAGGUGUCGGGGUGGUGAUCUCUGUCAGAGUGAGUGAUCAGAAAAGUGGAUGUGUUGAGAGGAUCAGCCGUGUCCUGAUGAUCCACAGAGGUUCACCACCUGGACCUGCAUCUGAUUUUGUCUUUGUUUAUUCAUUCAUGUAUUCUGAACCCAAAGUGCCUCUGCAGAAUAGUUCAGUUCAUGACAACAUAACUGUAGAUGAACACAUUUAAAUAGAUCUCUCUGCUCUGCUUUGUGUCGCAGCUCCACCCUGUGGAACGAUGGAGUUUUGCUGUUUACUUCCACAUAUUUCUAAAUAAGUUAAUAAAGUUACCCUAUUAAAACCGAGCCCUCAGGAAGAGCGUCUGCAUAUGACAUGAUAACUGA